UUUGAGCAAUCUUCCAGUUCAGUACUCGGCGCUUCCGUGUGUGGUUUAAGUGCGUUUUGUAGGUUCCGUUCUUGUCCGACACCCAGGUGUACCUAUAUCCGUCUAUUCUGGAUAAUAAUAAGUAUAUUGUAUUCGAGUAGAUCAUUUUGAUAGUGUAAACCGAACCCGAAAACACACAGACAGAAUGCCUUCCUUCCAACCGAUCGAGGCCCCCAAGUGUCCGCGCUGCGGCAAAAGUGUCUACGCCGCCGAGGAGCGUCUGGCCGGUGGCUAUGUUUUCCACAAGAACUGCUUCAAGUGCGGCAUGUGCAACAAAUCCCUGGACUCCACCAACUGCACAGAGCACGAGCGCGAGCUGUACUGCAAGACCUGCCACGGCAGGAAGUUCGGUCCCAAGGGCUAUGGCUUUGGCACCGGAGCCGGCACUCUUUCGAUGGACAAUGGAUCACAGUUCCUGCGCGAGAACGGCGAUUCACCGUCGGUGAGGAACGGAGCCCGCCUGGAACCCCGUGCCAUUGCCCGUGCUCCGGAGGGUGAGGGAUGCCCACGUUGCGGUGGCUAUGUCUACGCCGCCGAACAGAUGCUGGCCCGCGGCCGUAGCUGGCACAAGGAGUGCUUCAAGUGCGGCACCUGCAAGAAGGGUCUCGACUCGAUCCUGUGCUGCGAGGCUCCGGACAAGAACAUCUACUGCAAGGGCUGCUACGCCAAGAAGUUCGGACCCAAGGGCUAUGGCUAUGGUCAGGGUGGCGGUGCGCUCCAGUCCGAUUGCUAUGCCCACGACGACGGAGCUCCCCAGAUCCGUGCCGCCAUUGAUGUGGACAAGAUCCAGGCCCGUCCCGGCGAGGGUUGCCCCCGUUGCGGUGGUGUCGUCUACGCCGCCGAGCAGAAGCUGUCGAAGGGUCGCGAGUGGCACAAGAAGUGCUUCAACUGCAAGGACUGCCACAAGACCCUGGACUCGAUCAACGCCAGCGACGGACCCGAUCGCGACGUCUACUGCCGCACCUGCUACGGCAAGAAGUGGGGUCCCCACGGCUACGGAUUCGCUUGCGGUUCCGGCUUCCUGCAGACGGAUGGCCUGACCGAGGAUCAGAUUAGCGCCAACCGGCCGUUCUACAACCCGGACACCACCUCCAUCAAGGCCCGUGAGGGCGAGGGAUGCCCCCGAUGCGGCGGCGCCGUGUUUGCUGCCGAGCAGCAGCUGUCCAAGGGCAAGGUGUGGCACAAGAAGUGCUACAACUGCGCCGACUGCCACCGGCCACUGGACUCCAUGCUGGCCUGUGACGGACCCGACGGCGAGAUCCAUUGCCGCGCCUGCUACGGCAAGCUCUUCGGCCCCAAGGGCUUCGGCUACGGACAUGCCCCCACUCUGGUCUCCACCAGCGGCGAGAGCACCAUCCAGUUCCCCGACGGCCGUCCCCUGAACGGACCCAAGACCUCCGGCGGAUGCCCGCGAUGCGGUUUCGCCGUGUUCGCCGCCGAGCAGAUGAUCAGCAAGACCCGGAUCUGGCACAAGCGUUGCUUCUACUGCUCGGACUGCCGGAAAUCGCUCGACUCGACAAAUCUGAACGAUGGACCCGAUGGCGACAUCUACUGCCGCGCCUGCUACGGCCGCAACUUCGGGCCCAAGGGCGUGGGCUACGGUCUGGGCGCGGGCGCUCUCACCACCUUCUAAAUCGUGGUUCUAAUUUAUGAAACCGAAAUAUCACAACCCACAUCCAUGUCUGUGAACCGUUCCGUUCCGUUCCGAUAUUUUUGUCUAAUUUUGACCUGUCUGUUAUGACUAAUCCCCCCCAGAACCAUCCCAGAAAACUUAGCUAACUUAGUCUUCGUUUGUCUUCGUUCCAACGAUUUUUGAUCAACGAUGCAGUACUACGAUAUAUAGUAAUUGCAAAUCAUUUUCUUUAGGUUAUGUGAGAAUAAGCUUAAUAUUGAAACAAAACAAACAAAAAAUAUGAAAGAAAAACCUAAUAAAUGGAAAAAAAAUUUGAAAACUUACAAAACUCAAAAACCAAAAAGAACUUACGACUCAAAAGCGAAACUAACCAUCGAAUACACUAACCCAACGACCAGAAAGGAAAGGAAAACUUUCUACAGGUUUCCACAGAUAUAGGGAUCUAGCGAAGGAAGCAGCGCAACUACUGCGAUCCAAGUCGUUUAUAAUAUAUAUAUCUAUAUUUUCGAUGAUUUCGAGCCAAGUAUGUAUUUUGCUCCAAAACCAAAUACCCCAAAAGAAAGCAUACUUUGUGCCAAUUAUUGACAAUUUUUUUUAAUAUUGAACGAUAUUGAAUGAUAUAUGAUGUGUUGUAUAUUUAGCUGAUUUAGUUCUUACGAUACACUUACGAAAUCUUUAUUAUUUAUAAUGAUAUUUCAACGAUAUUUCACACACAUCACUCUCUAAUCUCUUGCAUUCUGAUUCGGAUGCGAGCCAUGGCAUAUACUAUAUAAAUAUAUAUAUAUCGCAUACAUAUUCAUCAAACACUAGAGCACUCACGCACAUAACAUCCAACAACAACAAUAAUAUAUAUGCCCCAGUGGGUUCCAUGAAAACAAAA